UUGCACUCUUUGAUUUCCACCUUUUCAUUCAUUUUGCAUUAUUUCUGACUGUGAAUUGUUAUAUAUCCACCCAUCUACUGUAUAUAAUAUGUGUAGGCCCAUAUAACAUUUGCUUUUUGUGAGAGAACUACAACUUAAUCUCGUCAUACAACCCUGUGUUGUAAUAAGAUAAAUUCUUGUACCUUAUUGUGAGUCUAUUUGGCAUUGAUUCAGAGUCUUUAAAUUGUCAUCAAAAGUCAUCAAAUCUGUUGGACGAGGGCCUCUCUGAAUGCCGUAAAAAGACAUAUGUGCACUGUUGAGUGAAUCGAUCUGUCUAACACCAUGUGUCCAUUUAAAGGUGUGUACACUUAGAGAAUAGAAAGGGGAUCAAGCCACUCAUUAUGCGAGAAAUGAUCUGUAGUGACGUGGGUCUUAAUGAAGUUUGCGCGUGCACUGCGUGUGACUCGCGGCAGUGCAAUACAGUGCUGUCAUCCAAACUUAGCGGAGCCUCCUGUGAAGCGUCAGACUGACUGCCCGGCUGUGAGAUCAGCUCCACAUCUACUGCAGAUGCUCAGUCAGGUGGCUGCUGCUUCAACUUCAUCACCGCGAACUGUGCAGUGAUGGUCGAGUGUGUGGAUGUGGUUUAGAGAGUCGGGUCCAACUGGCUGAUGCUCAACCACCUGCACGUGGCGGAGGACUGCCUUCUUUUCCUUUCCUCGACCUCCAGCCUCCAGCAGCUUCACUUCGCCCGUCAAGCGAGAGAAAGCGAACGAUGAGCUCCUCUCUCCCCAAAAGCGAGUCCACCACCUCUCUGCUGAGAUCAUCGGGGCUCAACCGCAGGUCCGGGCACUCGAGUAACGGUCCACACGAUCACCGGGGCCACCGCAUUCACCGUCCCUCCACCGGAGCUGGAGGCAGCGAUGAUGCAGUGUGGGCGGAGGACUGCGAGACGAGUGCGCGGAGACCUCUCUGCCAACCAAGACAUGCCGACUCUCGAAAUAUAGGUGAUCACCGGGUGCAGACAAGCCACUCUCACCGGCCGGCGAACCCGCAGGAUGAUGGUUACGCACAAGAGGACGCAAGACACAGGACGAGCCGGCAUCAGAAAGAGCGCAGCAAGUCCUCCAGGUCCAAACACCCCCAUCAUCACCACGACUCCUCACGAGUUGAGCUGCCUCCUGCGGCGCAUCACCAAGGCGGCUCCCGGCAGGACAGGAGGACCUCUCCGACUCCAUCUUAUCCAAAACAACCGGAUGAUGCGGCUUUCUUCUUCGAGCCCAGGGAGAGAGUCGUCACCGGAUCAUCCUCCAGCCUCAGUUCUGACCCACCUGCGACCAGCGCACCUCUCCAGCCCGCAGCAAGCCGCACGUCCAAAAGACUGAGCGCAUCCAUGUCUGAAUAUGACUCUAGUCUUCAUCCCAUAGUGAAGUCAGUCUUCGGGCAGGACCGAGAGUUGAGGCCAGAAGAAAUGGAUGAGUUGCGUGAGGCAUUCAGGGAGUUUGACAAAGACAAAGAUGGGUUUAUUGGCUGUAAAGACCUGGGAAACUGCAUGAGAACUAUGGGCUACAUGCCAACAGAGAUGGAGCUGAUAGAACUAAGCCAGCAGAUCAACAUGAAUUUGGGAGGACAUGUUGACUUCGAGGACUUUGUUGAACUCAUGGGGCCCAAACUUCUGGCUGAAACUGCAGACAUGAUUGGGGUGAAAGAACUGAGGGAUGCAUUCAAGGAGUUUGACACUAAUGGUGAUGGCCAGAUCAGCACAGCAGAACUCAGAGAAGCAAUGAAAAAACUUCUAGGACAACAGGUUGGACACAGAGAUCUGGAGGACAUCCUACGAGACAUCGACCUCAACGGAGAUGGUCAUGUAGACUUUGAAGAAUUUGUGCGGAUGAUGUCUCGAUGAGUUCCUGAAAGAGAGCUGACAUGUUAAAACACUACAUGGGUUCUCUGUUGGUAUGAGAGGAAGAGGCGAGAGACCAGCACAAAGUACCAAUGGAUCUUGGACUUCUGAACUGUCGAUGAGCGAGAAAACCAAAACAUAUCAACCCUGCCCUGAAACUGCCAUGCUGAAGCACAAAGGCUGACAACUACAGCCAGGAGCAACACUGUUGAUUAUGCUGCUGCUGUUUCUUAGAGCAUAAACAAAACCAACAGCUGCAUUUCUGACUUUUACAAAGUAUAUUUUCAAAAGCAUAUUUCCUUUAGUAAUGACAACAUUUCUAAUGCUGAUGUGGCUGUUGACUCAACAGGUAUAAGAGUAAUAACUGUAGCAAUUAAGAAGACAAUUUUCAACUACAGCAAACACCCAUACCAAUACAGUGUGCUCUUUCCUAAUGCUGAGGACAUGUUAAGCACAAAUAUAAUAUGGCAAUAUGGAAAUAUUGUAUAUGAUCCUGUCAAAGUUCUGUGUUUGUGUUUUGUGUAUACUGUUGUUUCUCUCCACCCUACACUGUAGAUUUAAGACUAUUGUCCAACCCUGGUUAAGACAAGUCAAUAUUUGUUUUGUAAUUAUGUGUAAUGUAGCAUUGAUGCAGUUCUUCUGACUUUAAUGACACGAUGUCUAUCUUACUGUGAGAUAUAUUUGUAAUUUUCAGUGUGCAUAAGACUAACAGACUCCAUCAACUGCAAAAAAUCUUUAAGGACAUUCUCUCUAGGUACAGUGAGUUGCUAAUCUUUACUACUGUGAUAGGCCUUUUUAAUUGUAUUGUAUGUUUUUCUAAUUCUGAAUAUUACUCUGCAUGAGUCUGACAGAUCAUCUAUACCUUAACUCAUGAUGAUCCACCAAGUGUUAAAACGACACAAAAGAGAGAUUCUGCUAAUGCUUUAUUUGUUAUCUACAUUUAUUUUAUGAUAAAUGUGCUUGUUUAUUGUUUGUUUUUUUGAGUCUACUGGUUCUAUAGAACAGUUCUGAAGUGAUUUUCACUUUGCUGCAAUAUUUACAAUUUUAACUUUAAUACCUCAAAAUGAAUUGAACAAUCAACCUCAUCCAUAAACUGCCCUUAGUUCUACUUACCAAUUUCGUUACCCUCUACCUUCAUUAUCUGUAUUUGUAGAGAAGCAGCAUUGCCUUCUUUAUGCAAAAAGCCAAAGAAAGUUUACAGAAAUAUUAUUUGAGUCUUAUUCAGUGUAGUAAGAAAGAAAUACGAUCCAUUGGAUUAUAUUUUCAAAAUGGCUGAUUGAAAUGGCGGUUGGUUUCUGGGGCAGCUAAAAUAUUGUUGACUGUUCACGAAUGGACACGGGGGUAUAUGCAUGCUUAAAAGUUAAGAUACUCUUCGAAAGGGAAAUCUUUUUUUGUGAUCUUACUUGUCUUAACUGUGUGAAACUAUGCAUGCACAAAACAACUGAAAUUUGUAGCAGAAUAAAUAAAAAUAAAAAGGUUUUUAUUGGAACUUGAGCACAGAA